UGGCAGUCGUGCCAACAUUAUGAAUGAUUCGAUUCGUUUACGACUUUACGUCAUCGUCGCGUAGCGCGCUCCUUGUAUUUAUCAUUGAUCAAUUUUUACGCUAAAAUGAAUUUUGCAGUAUUUUAUUGGGCGCUGCUAAUGUCGUGUUGCCUGUCGCUUAGCCACGCCCUGGAAUGCUAUGUUUGUACUAAUCAAGAAGGUAACAGAGAAAAGUGCCUGAAAAGUACAAAAACUUGCGAGCAAGGUCAAGAUGCUUGUUUAACGAAGAUCAGAUGGGGAAGCACUCCAUACUGGUCACCAGGAGCGAAGAAGCAGUUUUAUGUUUCCAAGUCAUGUUCCACUAAGAAGCAGUGCGAAAGAAUAAAGCAGGCUAACAUGAAUGAUUGUACAUAUAUAUGGUACCAAGAUUGGCAAUGUUCAGAUUGUUGUCAAGGAGACAAGUGCAAUUACUUUGUUAUAUCUGCUGCGGAGAAAAUAAAUCCACAUUGGCCAACCAUAAUUGCCUCGUUAUCACUGUACACUUUAUGGAGUAUUAACAAACCUUAGUAUCGAAUCACAAUUAGAGACUGAACAAACUAUAAGACACGUCGUACAUAAAAUGUGCGUCAAAGAUGCUUACACAAUCAAGAGUUUUGAUUGUACAACAGUGAACAAGAAGGAAGAGAUGAACCUGAAUACCACAUCCGUCCAAUAUAAAAUUUUUAUACGUAAUAUUUAGUUUAAUUUGAUAGAUUUUAUAUUUUACAUUGCUAAUUCUGUAUACAUGCACAUGUAUAUAUGCAUUUAUGUAUAAUUACAUGUAAAUAACUCUUUGUAAGAGGA